AUGGCAGCCAAAGAAGAGGCGGCCAAGCCGGUCAUCAUGAACGAGGAGGAGCUGAAGAGGAAGCAGAGGGAGAAGCUGAAGAAGCUCCAGGCCACGGGGGGCAAUCCUCGACCUGCACGCUCCCUCUUCUUCUUCACGCUCAAAAACCCCUUCCGCAAGGCCUGCAUCAACAUCGUGGAGUGGAAAACCUUUGAGAUCAUCAUUUUACUGACCAUCUUUGCCAACUGUGUGGCUCUGGCUGUGUUCCUGCCCAUGCCCGAGGAGGACAGCAAUAACACCAACUCAAGCUUGGAAAGUCUGGAGUAUAUCUUCUUGAUCAUCUUCACCUUAGAGUGCUUUCUGAAGAUUGUGGCGUACGGGUUCGUGUUCCAUGAGGGAGCCUAUUUACGGAACUGUUGGAACAUACUGGACUUUGUCAUCGUCUUCAUGGGCCUCUUCACUUUUGCUUUGGAUACCAUCAAUAAGAUAGCAGGUGUACCAAUGGAGAAAGGUGGGGGGUUUGAUAUGAAAGCCCUGAGAGCCUUCAGAGUGCUGCGACCCUUACGCCUGGUGUCUGGAGUCCCCAGUCUGCAGGUGGUGAUGAACUCCAUCCUCAAAGCCAUGCUGCCUCUGCUGCACAUUGCCCUGCUCGUCUUCUUACUCAUCACCAUCUAUGCCAUCGUAGGCCUGGAGCUCUUCAAGUGCAAGAUGCAUAAGACCUGCUAUUACGUUGGAACAAACAUCUAUGCUACUGCGGAGGGCGAGCUGCCUGCACCCUGUGCCCAAGCUGGUAACGGGCGCCGCUGCACCAUCAACGGCUCUGAGUGUCGGCCGGGCUGGGAAGGACCCAACAACGGCAUCACCCACUUUGAUAACUUUGGCUUUGCCAUGCUUACUGUCUUCCAGUCCAUCACUAUGGAGAGCUGGACUCGUGUGCUCUACUGGGUCAAUGAUGCCAUAGGUAAUGAAUGGCCCUGGCUCUACUUCAUUACCCUCAUUCUACUGGGCUCCUUCUUUGUGCUCAAUCUGGUUCUGGGCGUGCUCAGUGGAGAGUUUACCAAGGAACGAGAGAAAGCCAAGUCGCGUGGAGAGUUCCAGAAGUUGCGAGAGCGCCAGCAGCUGGAUGAGGAUCUCCAUGGCUACAUGGAGUGGAUCACUCACGCUGAGGUCCUGGACGCUGACCGAGAGGGAAAAGGUCUCCUGCCAUUGACCAAUGGAGAUUCUGAAACAGACAGCCUGUAUGACCUGGAAGGCAAGAGUCGAAUUGUUUAUUACUAUCGGCUGGCCCGUCGCUGGAAUCGUUUCUUCAGGAUGAAAUGCCUGGUAUAUGUGAAAACCAAGGCCUUUUACUGGCUGGUGAUGUUCCUCGUCUUCCUCAAUACCCUGGCCAUAGCUACAGAGUACCACCACCAGCCUGACUGGCUCACCUCCACACAAGACAUUGCCAGUAGGGUGCUGCUGGUGCUGUUUGUCCUGGAGAUGUUUGUGAAGAUGUAUGCUCUGGGCCCUAGAGCGUAUUUCAUGUCCCUGUUUAACCGUUUUGACUUCUUUGUGGUGCUAUGUGGCAUCCUGGAGAUGAUCCUGUUGUCCACUGAUGCCGUGCCACCCCUGGGCUUCUCUGUGCUCAGGUGUAUCAGGCUGCUGAGGUUCCUCAAGGUCACAAAGUACUGGACCUCUCUGAGUAAUCUGGUGGCCUCUCUCCUCAACUCUGUCCGCUCCAUUGCCUCUCUCCUCCUCCUUCUCUUCCUCUUCAUCGUCAUCUUCUCCCUCCUGGGCAUGCAGGUGUUUGGGGGGAAAUUCAACUUCCCUGACCACAGACCCCGACGCAGUAACUUCGACAACUUCCCUCAGGCUCUCAUCAGUGUGUUCCAGGUUCUAACAGGAGAGGACUGGACCACCAUCAUGUACAACGGCAUUAUGGCCCAUGGAGGUCCCACCUUCCCUGGCAUCCUGGUCAGCAUCUACUUCGUCAUCCUCUACGUCUGUGGGAACUACAUCCUCCUCAAUGUGUUCUUGGCCAUUGCUGUUGAUAAUCUGGCAGAGGCUGAGAGUCUGACUUCAGCUCAGAAGGAAAAGGCAGAAGAGAAGCUGAGGAAGAAGCUACUAAGAGCUAAGAUGCCUGACAAGACCGAUGAGGAGAGGGAGAGGCUAGCUAAGAAACUGGCUGAGCAAAGGGCCAAGAUCGAGGGCAUGCCCACCACAGCCAAGCUCAAAGUUGAUGAGUUUGAGUCCAACGUUAACGAAGUGAAAGAUCCGUUCCCUCCGGCAGACUUCCCAGGUGAUGACGAAGAGGAGGAGCCAGAUAUCCCUAUCAGCCCUCGGCCUCGACCAAUGGCUGACCUGCAGCUGAAGGAGGAAGCAGUUCCUUUGCCUGAGGCCAGCUCCUUCUUCAUCUUUGGCCCUCAGAACAAGUUCCGCAAGCUAUGCUACAAGAUUAUCAACGCCACUUCCUUCACCAACCUUAUCCUCCUGUUCAUCUUGCUCUCCUCCAUCUCUCUGGCUGCUGAAGAUCCCAUCGACCCCAAGUCCUACAGGAACCAGAUCUUGGCCUAUGCCGACAUUGUCUUCACAACUGUGUUCACCAUUGAGAUUGUACUGAAGAUGACGGUGUACGGAGCAUUCAUGCACGAGGGCUCCUUCUGCCGAAACUCCUUCAACAUCCUGGAUCUGAUUGUGGUCGGAGUUUCCCUGCUCUCUAUGGGAAUGGAGUCCAGUGCAAUCUCUGUGGUGAAGAUUCUCAGGGUGUUGAGGGUGCUGAGGCCUCUGAGAGCUAUAAACAGAGCCAAGGGGUUAAAGCACGUGGUCCAGUGUGUGUUUGUGGCCAUCAAAACCAUCGGCAACAUCGUCCUGGUCACCCUGCUGCUGAAUUUCAUGUUUGCCUGUAUAGGAGUCCAACUCUUCAAGGGUAAAUUCUACAGCUGCACAGACCCAUCCAAAGUGACUGCGGAGGAAUGCCAGGGAGUUUUCAUGAAGCACAUUGAGAAUUCCCUUCAGGAGACGGUGCUGGCCAAGAGAGAAUGGCUCAACAGUGACUUUAACUUUGACAACGUGCUCCACGGCAUGCUGGCUCUUUUCACAGUCUCCACAUUUGAGGGGUGGCCACAGCUGUUAUACACAGCCAUAGAUUCGGACAAAGAAGACAUGGGCCCUGUCUUCAACAAUCGUGUGGACAUGGCCAUCUUCUUCAUCAUCUACAUCAUUCUCAUCGCCUUCUUCAUGAUGAACAUCUUCGUGGGCUUUGUCAUUGUCACAUUCCAGGAGCAGGGCGAGGAGGAGUACAAGAACUGUGAGCUGGACAAGAACCAGCGUCAGUGUGUGCAGUACGCUCUGAAGGCUCGUCCUCUGAGGUGCUACAUCCCUAAGAACCCGUACCAGUACAGGGUCUGGUACAUAGUCACCUCCUGCUACUUUGAGUACCUCAUGUUCUUCUUAAUUAUGCUCAACACCUUGUGUCUGGGGAUGCAGCACUGUAACCAGUCAGACCAUGUCACCAAGCUGUCAGACACUCUGAAUCUGAUCUUCACUGUGCUCUUCACUGUGGAGAUGAUUCUCAAACUCAUGGCCUUCAAAGCUAAGGGCUACUUUGGAGACCCGUGGAACGUGUUUGACUUCCUCAUCGUGGUCGGCAGUGUCGUUGACGUCAUCCUGAGUGAGGUCGAUACCGCCCUGGCCGCCAGUGGAGGACUGUACUGUCUUCAUGGCUGUGCUGAGACAAAUCCUAUGCAAGCAAUUGCGGCCUCUGAGAACGCCUCGGUUUCCAUCACUUUCUUCCGACUCUUCCGUGUCAUGCGUCUGGUCAAGCUGCUCAAUCGAUCAGAGGGCAUCCGCAAUCUGCUGUGGACCUUCAUCAAGUCUUUCCAGGCUCUCCCACAUGUGGCUCUGCUCAUCAUCAUGCUCUUCUUCAUCUACGCUGUCAUUGGAAUGCAGAUCUUUGGAAAGAUUGCCCUGGUGGACGGCACCCAAAUCAACCGCAACAACAACUUCCAGACAUUCCCUCAGGCUGUUCUGAUGCUUUUCCGGUGUGCCACAGGAGAGGCUUGGCAGGAGAUCAUGCUGGCUUGUAUGUAUGGGAAGAAGUGUGACCCCAAGUCUGACUUCCUGCCAGGAGAGGAGUACACCUGUGGGGCCAACUUCGCUGUCUUCUACUUCCUCAGCUUCUACUGUCUUUGUGCCUUCCUGAUCCUCAACUUGUUUGUGGCUGUCAUCAUGGACAACUUUGACUACCUGACCCGUGAUUGGUCUCUGCUGGGUCCACAUCAUCUGGACGAGUUUAAGAAGAUCUGGGCUGAAUACGACCCUGAAGCAACGGGCCGAAUCAAACAUCUAGACGUGGUGACUUUGCUACGACGCAUCCAGCCUCCACUUGGCUUUGGCAAGUUCUGUCCUCAUCGCGCUGCGUGCAAGCGCUUAAUUGGGAUGAACAUGCCUCUGAACAGCGACGGCACAGUCACCUUCAACGCCACGCUGUUUGCUCUGGUCAGAACUGCCCUCAAGAUCAAAACAGAAGGUAACUUUGAGCAGGCCAAUGAGGAGUUGCGAGCCAUCAUCAAGCAAAUCUGGAAACGCACCAGUAUGAAACUGCUCGACCAGGUCAUUCCCCCUAUUGGAGAUGAUGAGGUGACCGUGGGGAAAUUCUAUGCCACCUUCCUGCUCCAAGACCACUUCCGUAAGUUCAUGAAGCGCCAAGAGGAGUAUUAUGGCUACCGGCCCACUAAGAAGUCCGCCUCAGGCCCAGAGAUCCAGGCUGGUCUGAGGACCAUAGAGGAAGAGGCGGCUAUGGAACUGCACAGGGCCAUUUCAGGAGACCUGCACAACGAGGAGGAGAUGGACAGAGCUAUGGAGGAGGCUGGAGAAGAGGGCAUCUAUAGGCGUACCCAUGGUCUGUUUGGGAACCAGGUGGACUCCUUCCCCUCAGAGCCUGCCAGUGCUCAGCCCCCCCAGAUAACCUGCCACCGGCCCCUCCAGUUCUCUGAGAGCCAGCCCCAGUCUCCGGUGGACUCUGCACCCUUCACCCCCACCACCGAGUUUUUCCCCACAACUGCCCCAAAAAGCAACACAAACAAUAACGCCUUCGCAGAAUUUUCAUUUGAGAGAGAAGGCAGUCCAGUGGAGUUUUACAACCCCAGUGAAGAUGCAGAGCCAGAACACCGGCGCUUUUCGAACUUCGUCGUGAGGACAGACAUCACCCAGUUCCCCUAUGACCCUAACUAUGGAGACAGCCAGUCUCAGUGCUCCCAUGCUGUUGCUGAAGGCCUGCCUGCAGCUGACCAGCUCGUCCAGGAGGCUCUAAUAGAGGGCGGCCUGGCCUCCCUGGCCAGAGACCCAGGCUUUGUGUCAGUGACCAAGAAGGAGAUGGCUGAAGCCAUGCGGAUCCCCAUGGCUGAGAUGGAGGGCAUGGCCCAGGGCAUUCUCAGUGGACGCUCCGGCCAGAGCACCUCUGUCAAGAAAAGACGUCCCGUCCCAGUUCCCCCCUCUGCUCCCUCUGUUACUGCUGAGAUGACACAGGAAGUGGGCCAGGCAGACGUCGCAGUGAAGAGGAAGAGGCGUCCGGUGCCUGUGCCUCCCUCUGUCCCUGUCCAAUCUGCACGGGAGCCAGCUGAGGCUGACACCAAAGUUUAG